CAGGCCGCGACAGCGACGCCCCGCGUCCCCGGUCCAGCCCUGCCUGCGGGAGCGAGCGGGGAGCGCCGCCCGCCCGGCCAGACCCGCGGUCACCGGAGGGGCGGCUGGAGCCCCACCCAGGCCAGGCACCGGCUCCCAGCUCAGCGAACGGGAGCGGGCGGAGGCAGGAGGCCGGGGGCAGUAGCCUGACAGUGCCCACACCCCUGGCUCCCGCCCCAAGCCGCCCACCAGCCCCUUUGCGUCCGCCGGGAAGAUGGCCGUGGCGCUGCGGUACUUGUGGCCCCUCCUCCUGUGCAGCCCCUGCGUGCUCAUCCGGAUCCCCGAGGAAUAUGAAGGACACCACGUGAUGGAGCCACCUGUCAUCACAGAACAGUCUCCACGGCGCCUCGUUGUCUUCCCCACAGAUGACAUUAGCCUCAAGUGUGAAGCCAGUGGCAAACCCCAAGUGCAGUUCCGUUGGACUCGGGAUGGCGUCCACUUCAAACCCAAGGAGGAACUGGGUGUGACCGUGCACCAGGCGCUCCACUCCGGCUCCUUCACCAUCACGGGCAACAACAGCAACUUUGCCCAGCGGUUCCAGGGCACCUAUCGCUGUUUUGCCAGCAAUAAGCUGGGCACUGCCAUGUCCCAUGAGAUCCAGCUCAUGGCCGAGGGUGCCCCCAAGUGGCCAAAGGAGAAUGUGAAACCUGUCGAGGUGGAGGAAGGGGAGUCGGUGAUUCUGCCCUGCCACCCUCCACCCAGUGCAGAGCCGCUCCGGAUCUACUGGAUGAACAGCAAGAUUUUGCAUAUCAAACAAGAUGAGCGGGUGACAAUGGGCCAGAAUGGCAACCUCUACUUUGCUAAUGUGCUCACUUCGGACAACCACUCAGACUACAUCUGCCAUGCCCACUUCCCUGGUACCCGGACCAUCAUUCAAAAGGAACCCAUUGACCUUCGGGUCAAGGCCACCAACAGCAUGAUUGACAGGAAGCCACGCCUGCUCUUCCCCUCCAACUCCAGCAGCCACCUGGUGGCCUUGCAGGGGCAGCCCUUGGUCCUGGAGUGCAUUGCUGAGGGCUUCCCCACACCCACCAUCAAGUGGCUACGCCUGAGUGGCCCCAUGCCAGCUGACCGAGUUAUCUACCAGAACCACAACAAGACCCUGCAGUUGCUGAAUGUGGGGGAGGAGGAUGAUGGCGAGUACCGAUGCCUGGCUGAGAACCCUCUGGGCAGUGAUCGGCAUGCCUACUACGUCACCGUGGAGGCUGCCCCAUACUGGCUGCACAAGCCCCAGAGCCGCUUGUAUGGGCCAGGAGAGACUGCCCGCCUGGACUGCCAAGUGCAGGGGAGGCCCCAGCCAGAGGUCACCUGGAGAAUCAAUGGGAUCCCUGUGGAGGAGCUGCGCACAGACCAGAAGUACCGGAUCCAGCAUGGAGCCCUGAUCCUGAGCAACGUGCAGCCCAGUGACACGAUGGUGACCCAGUGCGAGGCUCGCAACAGGCAUGGGCUCCUGCUGGCUAAUGCCUACAUCUAUGUUGUCCAGCUGCCGGCCAAGAUCCUGACCCCAGACAAUGAGACAUACAUGGCAGUUGAGGGCAGCACUGCGUACCUUCUAUGCAAGGCCUUCGGAGCCCCUGUGCCCAGCAUCCAGUGGCUGGACAAGGAAGGGAAGACUGUGCUGCAGGACGAACGCUUCUUCCCCUAUACCAACGGGACCCUGGGCAUCUGGGACCUCCAGGCCAAUGACACUGGACACUACUUCUGCCAGGCUGCCAAUGACCAAAACAAUGUGACCAUUGCGGCUAACCUGCAGGUCAAAGAUGCCACUCGGAUCACACAGGGACCCCAGAGCGCAAUUGAGAAGAAAGGUUCAAGAGUAACAUUCGUGUGCCAGGCCUCCUUCGACCCCUCCUUGCAGCACAGCAUCACUUGGCGUGGGGAUGGUCACAACCUCCAGGAGCUUGGAGACAGUGACAAAUACUUCAUAGAGGACGGGCGCCUAGUCAUCCACAGCUUGGAUUAUAGUGACCAGGGCAACUACAGCUGUGUAGCUGGUACUGAGCUGGACAUGGUAGAGAGCAGAGCAGAGCUCCUGGUGGUGGGGAGCCCGGGGCCAGUGCCUCAGCUGGAGCUGUCUGAUCGUCACCUGCUGAAGCAGAGUCAAGUGUACCUGUCCUGGAGCCCCGCUGACGACCACAACGCUCCCAUCGAGAAGUAUGACAUUGAAUUUGAGGACAAGGAGAUGGCACCUGAGAAAUGGUACAGUUUGGGCAAGGUGCCUGGGAACCAGACCUCUACCACCCUCAAGCUGUCACCCUACGUCCACUACACCUUUAGAGUUACUGCUAUCAACAAGUACGGCCCCGGGGAGCCAAGCCCGGCCUCUGAGACUGUGGUCACACCUGAGGCAGCCCCGGAGAAGAACCCCGUGGACGUGAAGGGUGAAGGGAAUGAGACCAGCAACAUGGUCAUCACUUGGAAGGCACUCAAGUGGAUGGACUGGAAUGCGCCCCAGGUUCACUACCGCGUGCAGUGGCGCCCCCAGGGGACACGGGAGGCCUGGCAGGAACAGAUCGUGAGCGACCCCUUCCUGGUGGUUUCCAACACACCCACCUUUGUGCCCUAUGAGAUCAAGGUCCAGGCGGUCAACAGCCAAGGCAAGGGCCCUGAGCCCCAGGUCACCAUUGGCUACUCUGGAGAAGACUACCCCCAGGCAAGCCCUGAGCUAGAAGGCAUCGAGAUCCUCAACUCCAGUGCUGUGCUGGUCAAGUGGUGGCCUGUGGACACAGCGCAGGUCAAGGGCCACCUCCGGGGAUACAAUGUGACAUACUGGUGGGAGGGCAGUCAGAGGAAGCACAGCAAGAGGCAUGCCCACAGAGGCCAUGUGGUGGUGCCUGCCAACACCACCAGAGCCAUCCUUGGUGGCCUGCGGCCCUACAGCUCCUACCAUCUGGAGGUGCAGGCCUUUAAUGGCCGGGGACUAGGGCCUGCCAGCGAGAUGACCUUCAGCACCCCAGAGGGAGUGCCCAGCCACCCCGAGGCUUUGCACCUGGAGUGCCAGUCAGACACCAGCCUGCUGCUGCACUGGCAGCCCCCACUCAGCCACAAUGGCGUGCUCACUGGCUACGUGCUCUCCUAUCAUCCUCUGGAUGAUGGGGGCAAGGAACAGUUGUCCUUUGACCUUCCGGACCCUGAGCUGCGGAUGCACAACCUGACAAACCUCAGCCCCCGCCUGCGGUACCGCUUCCAGCUGCAGGCUGCCACAAAGGAGGGCCCUGGCGAGGCCAUCGUGCGGGAAGGAGGCACCAUGGCCUUAUCGGGGACCCCGGAUUUUGGCAACAUCUCAGCCAUGGCUGGCGAGAACUACAGUGUGGUGUCCUGGGUCCCCAAGGAGGGCCGGUGCAACUUCGGGUUCCAGAUCUGGUUCAAAGCCUUGGGGGAAGAGAAGAUGGGUGCUCACCUCCCACCACAGUAUGUCAGCUACAACCAGAGCUCCUACACGCAGUGGGACCUGCAGCCCGACACCGACUACGAGAUCCACCUGCUCAAGGAGAGGGUACUCCUGCACCAGAUGGCUGUGAAGACCAACGGCACCGGCCGCGUGAGGCUCCCUCCUGCCAGCUUUGCCACAGAGGGCUGGUUCAUCGGCUUCGUGAGCGCCGCCAUUCUGUUGCUGCUCGUGCUGCUCCUCCUGUGCUUUAUAAAGCGCAGCAAGGGCGGCAAGUACUCAGUGAAGGAUAAGGAGGACACCCAGGUGGACUCCGAGGCCCGGCCGAUGAAGGAUGAGACCUUUGGCGAGUACAGUGACAAUGAGGAGAAGGCCUUUGGCAGCAGCCAGCCAUCCCUCAACGGAGACAUCAAGCCUUUGGGCAGUGAUGACAGCCUGGCUGACUAUGGGGGCAGCGUGGACGUCCAGUUCAACGAGGACGGCUCCUUCAUUGGCCAGUACAGCGGGAAGAAGGAGAAGGAGGCAGCGGGAGGCAACGACAGCUCAGGGGCUGCCUCCCCCACCAACCCUGCAGGGGCCCUGGAGUAGUGGGGUCCAGUCAGGCAAGGCCAGGCAGGACACAGCCCAGGGCUGGGCCACAGGGGA